AUGUCUCUGCAGUCUCACGAAACGAAGGACUUGCUGGACAUUGUCGAUAACCUCCGCUCCCGCGGCAUCAAUCGAUGCAUCAAUCUCCCCGAAAUAAUCGUAUGCGGCGAGCAGUCUUCCGGCAAGAGCUCCGUGCUUGAAGCGGUAUCCGGCGUCAAGUUCCCUAGCAAAGACAACCUAUGCACCAGGUUCGCGACCGAGCUGAUCCUUCGACGAGGCCCAGAGGCACCAAUCAAGAUGAGUAUCGUUCCUGGUUCGCGGGAGAGAGACCGUUCAGACAGCGACCUAGAGAAGCUGCGCAACUUCCACUACUCUCGCUCGUUGGAGGGCUUUGAUCUGGGGCCGGUGAUUGAAGAAGCCAAAGAUGCGAUGGGCAUCGGAGAGGGCAGCAGCAAGGUUUUCAGCUCUGACAUUCUUCGUCUAGAGCUAUCGGGGCCUGAACAGCCGCAUCUUACCCUGGUCGAUCUGCCUGGCUUGUCCCAGGCGGGCAGUCGAACCCAGUCAGACGACGAUGUCGAGACGGUCCGGUCGCUCGUGCUCUCUUACAUGAAGAACCCACACAGCAUCAUACUCGCUGUCGUUUCCGCGAAGAGCGACUUGAAUCUUCAAUCGAUCACCAAGGACGUGCUUGACAUCGAUCCUCGGGGGAAGCGUACUCUUGGGCUGAUCACGAAGCCGGACACGUUGGAUGAAGGGUCGGAUAGCGAGCGGUCUUACUUCGAGCUGGCGCAAAACAGAGGCGUUAGGUUUCGCCUGGGGUGGCAUGUGCUUCGCAACAGAGACUAUACCUCCAUGGACUCGAAUACCGAAGAGCGCGACCAAGUUGAAAAGCUUUUCUUCGAGACUGGCAUUUGGAGAUCGCUUCCAUCUGAACUAGCCGGCGUCGACACUCUCAAGCCGAGACUGGGCAAAAUCCUCGAGGACCACAUCGUCGCACAACUUCCUGAAGUCCUUACACAGAUAAGAGACGGUAUUGAAGAGUUGAAGAUCCUAGAAGAAAGACUCGGAGCUGUUCAGAAUGUGCGGGACAUGUCACUACUGCCAGAAGACGCUAGCGAUCCCUUCCUACAAUUCCGCAAGUAUUUAGAACGCGAGGAUCACGAGUCCGAGCAAGGCACUGAAUCUGGCCACCGAACCUCUAUGCUCUCGAACAUCUCAGAACCCGCAGAAGCGCCUACGCAGGGAGAGAGCGUUGCCCCUUGGUAUGCGUCGUAUUCGAAGGAUAAAUAUUUCCCGAUCGAUACUACGAGCGACCCUUCUCAAUGGAAAUUCACAGGACCGGCGUAUGUGCCGAAGAAGAAAGGUAAGGCGACGAGAGGGCCUUUGUACGUGUAA